AUGUCUCUCACAGGCAAUCGACUCCUCUGCAAAACACCCACAAGAACACCUUACGCCCAACUCCAUAUACGCCGUCCAUUUCUCAUACCAUCAUCCCCAUCAUGGUCUCAUCAGCCAAGAACAUCUUUUACAGUCUCAGCGAAUCCCAAGAAGCUCUCGUCAUCAUCGAAGACUGGAAGAUUUGACAGCAAGAACAGAAGAAGCUCAGUUUCAACUAAGGAACAAGAAGAAGAAGUAUUAGAAAAGCAACGGAUGGAUGAGAUUUCAGUUGAUGAUAUAAGUGGUACUAUCGGAGCCGUUGAUGAUGGAUUUGUAAUGCCAGAGCUUCCCGGAGAAAAGCCUGACUUCUGGGAAGGUCCGCAAUGGGAUGUUCUUGGUUUCGUCCUGCAGUACUUGUGGGCUUUUGGCAUCGUUUUUGCGGCCGAAUGCUCUCCGGUUGAAAAUUCUAAUUUAGAUAUCUUGUAUUUGGAUAUUUUUGUUGGAAAGGCACUUAAGUAG